AGCCGGGCUCGGUGCUGAAACCCUUUGGGCAGCCGGUGGAGGAGCUGGUGACCCGGCUGCAGCCCUUCGGAGGCGGCGAGGUGGAGGACGAAGCUCUGUACUCCAUGCACAUCCCGGCCAGCGUGUACCGGAUGCGGAAAGGUCCGUCGGUCUCCUCCAUGCCCUUUCCCCCAUCCUCUCCGCUGCUCUCCUGCCCCCCCGACGGUGCCCGGCACAUGAGCAAACUGGAUCGGCACGGCAGCGGCACCGACAGCGACUAUGAUAACACACAGACGGGCGAGAUCCUGCUGGGUGUGGAGGGGAAGCGCUUCGUGGAGCUGAGCAAGGACGAGGACUUCCCACACGAGCUGGACCCGCUGGACGGGGAGCUGGACCCCGGGCUGCCCAGCACGGAGGACGUCAUCCUGAAAACUGAGCAGGUCACCAAGAACAUCCAGGAGCUGCUGCGGGCUGCGCAGGAGUCCAAGCACGACAGCUUCGUGCCGUGCUCGGAGAAGAUCCACUCAGCAGUGACGGAGAUGGCAUCGCUCUUCCCCAAGAAACCGGCACUGGAGACGGUGCGGAGCUCCCUGCGUCUGCUCAACGCCAGCGCCUACCGGCUGCAGAGCGAGUGCCGCAAAACUGUGCCGCCGGAGCCGGGCGCAGCCGUGGACUACCAGCUGCUGACACAGCAGGUCAUCCAGUGCGCCUACGACAUCGCCAAGGCGGCCAAGCAGCUGGUCACCAUCACCACCCGCGAGAAGAAGCAGUGAGCUCCGACCCACGGGCUCUGCUCUCCGUCUCCUCCCUCCGGUUUGGGCCGAGUGCGGGCGGCU